AUGAAUGACUCUUACAGUCAAACUCAGUACACAGAGAAAAUACAACAGAGCUGUACUUCUGCACAAUUUCUAUGUAUCGGUGCCAGUGUUUUUUUUUUUUUUUUUUUUAGUAUAAUACAAGUAAGGAAACAUGUUCCAUAGAAGAGCCUUCAGCGCACAAGGAAUAUUGCAGGGGUUAUUCAUUCUUCUGCUGUUCAUCGGACCUUUCAACUGCUUUUCAAGUUACAGCCAAGCCAACGAAAUCAUUUAUACAAUAAAUGAAGGAUUACCCAAGGGAACACUAAUAGGAACCAUUGCAGCAGAUUUAAAGUUGGAUUUCUCUGCUGAUCCCCCUCUUUCAUUCAAUCUGGCGUCAAAGAAGAUCAGUGGUCAGUAUGUGAACCUAAAUAACACUACAGGGGAACUGUACGCAGCUGCCGUCGAAAUUGACAGAGAAGCACUUUGUCCAGAAAAUUCUGACAAUCAAGCUUGUAUCUUAUCUUUUGACAUUCUCAUCCUACCACAGCAAUAUUUCAGAUUGGUGAAAGUUAAAAUCAUAGUAAAAGAUGUCAAUGACAAUUCACCCAGAUUUCCUGUUUCUGAGAUUCAGGUUUUUGUUCCAGAAAAUGCCCAGAUCAACUCAAGAUUUGCAAUCGAGCACUCUGCUGUCGACCCUGACAUUGGAAUUCAUGGAGUACAGACUUAUUGGCUGGGUAACGAUUAUGGAGUAUUUACCCUGGAUGUGGAAGAAAAUGAAAAUGGUGACCUGACACCCUUCUUGAUUGUGAUAGGUUCCCUUGACAGAGAAAGCAAGGAUGAAUAUGUAACUGAUAUAAUAGCAGAGGAUGGGGGAACUCCACAGCAUUUAGGAACAGCUACCCUGAAAAUAAUCAUAACAGAUGUGAAUGACAAUUGUCCUGUAUUUACUGAGUCCCAAAUUAAUGUAACAAUAUACGGAAAUGCUGCCAAUGGAGCCCAUGUUACCAGAGUUCACGCCUUUGAUUCAGAUUUGGGGUCUAAUGCCCAAAUAUCAUACGCUUACAGUGAAAGGGUGCUGCAGACCUCCAAGGCUUUAUUUAAUCUUGAUACAAAUUCAGGGAUCAUUAAAAUCAGUGGUAUAAUGGAUGGUAACACUGCUCAGCGUCACAGACUAACAGUACUUGCAAAUGGACUUGGUUGUAUACCAGCCGUGACAGUUGUGAUAGUGAACAUAAUAAAAGUAUUUUUCAAUCCUCCAGUCAUGGUGCCACGCUAUAUAGCUUCUGUGGUAGACGGCACAGUGUAUUUGAAGGAAUCAGAGCCAUCCUACUCACCAAUAGCAUUUUUCACUAUAAAGGAUCUAGAUCAAAACCAAAAGGUGGAUUGCCACCUGGAAGGUCAUGGACCUUUCAGAUUAUCAACUUACAAGACGUUUAUUAAUGAAUAUUUGUUAGAGACUACAGAGACUUUGGACUAUGAGUUAAAACAAAACUAUGAAUUGACAGUAGUUGCUAAGAACUCCCAGGGUCUUCUUGUAAAAACCGUCAUUAAUGUGCAACUAAUAGAUGAGAAUGAUAACCCUCCAGUUUUUAAGCAGUCUUUGGUUGAUUUAUUACUGGAAGAAAACAACGCUCCUAAUACAUUCCUGACAAAACUACAUGCGACAGAUGAAGACAGUGGAGAAAAAGGUCAAGUGUUGUAUAUUCUAGGGUCUGAUGCUCCUUCAGUUUUCACAUUGGACAAAGUUUCUGGAGUUCUUAUGGUUACCACAUCUCUGGACAGAGAAGAAAAGGAAGAGUACAGAUUUACAGUUAGAGCUGUGGAUUGCGGCUCACCACGCAUGGAAUCCAUAGCUACUGUAAUCAUCACAGUGCUUGACAGGAAUGAUAACAGCCCACGAUUUAUCAACAAGGAUUUCAGCUUUUUUGUACCAGAGAAUGUUCCAGGUUUUGGAGAAAUUGGAGUUAUCUCGGUGAGCGAUGCUGAUUCAGGAAAGAAUGGGUUGGUCGCUCUAUCUAUUGUUAAUGGCAGCGACAUUUUUGUCAUUGACACAGGGAAAGGGGUAUUAAGGGUCAAAGUGCCUUUGGAUAGAGAACAAAACAGUUCUUACUUGAUUUGGAUAGAGGCUGUAGACGGUGGAGAGCCUGCCCUCUCAUCUAGCACUAUGAUUACAGUUUUGCUUUUGGACGUCAACGACAAUCCACCUUUGGUUUUGUUUCCUCAGUCAAAUCUGUCUUAUAUGCUGGUGCUACCAACAACUCUUCCAGGCUCCUCCAUAACAGAAGUUUAUGCAGUAGACAAAGACACAGGAAUGAAUGCAGUGAUAGCCUACAGCAUCAUUGGAAGAAAGGGGCCUCGGCCCGAGUCAUUUGAAAUCGACCCUGGUACAGGUAACAUCACUUUGCAGAAAACACUGAAGCAGAAUGAUUGUGGCUUGUACAGACUACUGGUUAAAGUCAGUGAUCAUGGACAACCAGAGCCUCUUCAUUCAACAAUUAUGGUUAACUUAUAUGUCAAUGAAACAUUAAGCAAUGAGAGCUUUAUAGAAAGUUUACUGAGAAAAGAACCUGACAUCACUGUAGAGCAAGUGCCACCAGAACGAUUGGCAGAGCCUGCCAAGAGAAAGUUAGACCAGUUUCCCUGUUUUCCUGUAUUAAUAGCACUUUCUGCUGCAUGUCUGGGGCUUCUGUUAGUAGUGAUUCUAAUGUCUGCCUGCAUCUGCUUAAGGAAACAAAAGAAGCACAAAUAUAAAGAAAGAAGAUUGGAAGUAGAGAUACCGUUAAAUACAAACAAGGAUUUCCAGGCAAAUGAAAAAAAGAUGAUGGAGAUUUCCAAUAUAUGAUACACCACUGGAACUAAAAUCAUGUUUACAAAGCUCUGUCAGUCAAUCUAUGUUGGGAGUAUUAUUUAACUUGAAGGUCACUGUAUAUAAAAUGGCAACAAAAUAAAUUAUAUUAAGAUGUAUAUUGUAUAUAAAUGUUUACAAUUUUAUAAUAUUAUGCAAUAUUAUGGAAUAGUUUAGUGGGAUGUAUAUUUUUGCUGGCUGUGCACUGUUUCUUUGCCUGAGAAUUCUGGAUGUGUCAAUCAGAUGAUUCAUUUUGAAAUCUUUAUUUAAUGCAUUCCAUUUAGGCAUUUUCCUUUCCAUUUCACGAGGUGGCUGCCGGGACUAGUGUAGUACAUAGAAGGCAGAAAGGAGGUGUUAGUGCGACUGUAGCGGGCGAAGGGACCCGACUUUAGAGAAGUGGACUGCGGUCCGGACUUCUGAACAGACUGCGGUCUGGAUAGAAAAGAGAUCCCCCACCAGAGAGCCGUCCUCUGCGAAGGAGAGGGCUUGGUCAUGAAGGCUGCGGCCCCGGGGAUCUGAAAACAUGAGGAAAAACACUGCUGCGACAGAGCUGUCUCGCGGAGACCUGAAAGGAAGUAAUUGUAAAAGGGGUUCCCUGCCCGAUGUGGUGCUGCCCUCGGAUGAGGUGAGACUGCGGUCUCCAAAGCCGGGAGCGGAGGAGCGUCCCGCAGGGAACCUGUAAAGAACGAGAAUAGGAGGGUUAAUUGGGACUCGAGCACUGAGAGAUUAAAGCAGGCCACGUCCCGAAAUGUUAAAUAUAGGAUAGAGCCUCACUGUGAUGAGGUUAGAAAAGCGCAUGAGCUGCCAAAAGAUAGUGUGGCCGGGGGUCCCCUUUGACUCACGCGGUGAGAACCUCCCUUAAAUAAGGUUGAGGAAGCGCAGCUUGCCUAAGGUCGGGGAAGUGAGGCUCACUUACACCCCAAAGAAUGAACCCCCGGCUCCCCGCAGAACCUCACCGUGAAACACUCAACAGAGCACGUGCCAAUGCAUAACAUAAAUUUGAGGAUGAAAAGACAUACAAGACAAACAGAGAGGGAUUAGAAGGAUUAGUGCGUAAUGGUUUAUAUGUUCACCUGCCGCUCAGUGGAGAGGAAAACAACCCCUUCUAAAAGGGGAAAAACCUCUGGUAGCCCCGGCGGUCAGGUGGCCCCUACUCCAGGCAUGCUAACAAUUUUCUGAUGAGCCAUGGCAAUGUCGGUGGAAGAUGGCGAAUGUAUGUAUCCACUGAUGAUGAAGUACAGUGCUCCAUACUCUUGAUUAGGGGGACAUUGAUGAUAGCGCAGGCUGCUGAGGUUGCUGCUCCUAUCUACGAUGAUAAGCCGAUCUGAAAAGGGAGCCAAGAUCUGCUGUAGUGGGAAGCAAUUAACGGUAGAGGAUAGGAUCUGCAGAACGGUGCAGUGAUCAUUCCCAGUAGUCACUCGAUGAGGUGUUGCCGUGGUAACUAUGGUGUGUGAGGCGCCGGUGGAAGAGAGUUGCAGUACGGCAGUGUCGUUGGGGCAUUUUCUGUCGCAAUCACAAGCUGCUGCUUGUCGAAAUAGUUUGUAAUGGGCUGGAUAGGUCUUUAAAACGUUGGACAUACCUGAUGGAGGUCCAUGACAGAAUCUUCUGGUGGAACGGUAAAUUGUGCUGGCUCUGUGGGGGCGGUGCUGAGCGGGG